ACUCGUCACGUCAACUAGCUGAAAUGUUUACCUUUAGUAUUUAUUUAUUUUAAAAAUAGUAAAUAAGAAAAAUGUCUAUUUAAAUUUGAAAAUAUUAGAAAAUAAUAUUUAAAUAAACAAUCAAUAUGGAGAUGGCUCAGAAACUAUUUGGGUCUCGAGACCAUGAAGGGUACAUUGGUAAAGAAGAGCAUUUGAGAAAUAUUGAAACAGCUAAUGAUGAAGAAGAUGAAUUAGAUAUAGAUUUGGCAGAACUGACAGAAGAAAUUAAUGUGGUUGAUGGAAUAAGGCCCUCUCCGGGAGGACCGUUUUCUGCUUUAAUCCCAUCGAUGUGGCCUCAAAAUAUUCUUGCCAAACUAGGUCAACCAGAAACCGAAAAUCCAAAUGAUCAACCAGAUUAUCAGUUUGAUGAAUUUGGGUUUCGUGUUGAAGAAGAAGACGGACCAGAACAAAAUUCAAACAAACUUCUAGGUAUUCCAUUUGUUGAAGAUCCACAAAAAAGAUUGCAAUGGAUUGCACAUUUGGAAUUUUCUCAUAAUAAAGAGGCUAGUGAAUUAACUUGGGAGAACGUUGAUGUAUGCCUUCCUAGAACAGAAAAAUUGCGUAAUAUGGUAAGAGAUGGAAUUCCACACUCUUUAAGACCUCAAAUGUGGAUGAGAUUGUCUGGGGCUUUACAAAAAAAAUUAAAAUCAGAAACUACAUAUAAGGAUAUUAUAAAAGCCUCAAGUAAUGAUCAACUGAUGACCUCAAAACAAAUAGAAAAAGAUUUGUUGCGAAUUCUUCCGACGAAUGUUUGUUUUAGUUCUCCUAAUGGAACUGGUAUUCCUAGACUAAGGAGAAUAUUAAGAGGAAUAGCAUGGCUUUACCCAGAUAUUGGUUAUUGUCAGGGAACAGGAGUAAUAGUAGCUUCUUUAUUACUGUUCAUGGAAGAAGAGAGUGCAUUUUGGACUAUGGCAACUAUUGUUGAAGAUUUACUGCCAGCUUCGUAUUAUUCUUCAACAUUACUUGGUGUGCAAGCUGACCAAAGAGUGAUGCAAACAUUAAUAGCUAAUUAUUUAUCAGGAGUCGACGAAACGCUAAAGAAACAUGAUAUUGAGUUAUCGCUUAUUACUUUGCAUUGGUUUUUAACGUUGUUUGCUAACGUGGUACAUACAAAAAUACUUGUACGCAUUUGGGAUUGGUUUUUUUAUGAUGGUUCAAUAGUUUUAUUUCAAAUUACCUUAGGCAUGUUAAAAAUAAAAGAAAAAGAUUUGGAACAUUUGGAAAAUUCGGCUCAAAUUUUCAAUUCAUUAUCAGACAUUCCAGGAGAAAUAGAAGAUGUGGAAAUGUUAUUUCAACGUGCAAUGGAAGUUGGCGGUUCUUUAAGUCAAACAGUUAUAGAUACACACCGCAGGCGGCAUUUAGCUUAUUUAAUGGCAGAUCAAGGAGGUUUAGUUGGAAAUCCUGAGGCUGUACCUAAUUUACCAAAACAGCAGCUGGUAAAAAGACAAGUCAAAAAAAAUAAAUCUAUGUUUCAAACUUAUCUGUUUGGAGAAGAUAAUAAUUGUAUAAUUGAUACAAAGAACAAAAACAUUCGCCAGACAGAAAUUUUAGUAGACCUUAGAGAAGCGAUUUUAAAGGUUUGUCGUCAUUUUAUAACAAUUGAACCAAAGUUACAGGCACACAUCAAGAUGAUUGCUGAUUACGGUAUGGAUAGUCAUGCGAAAGAUCAUGAAAAUUACAUUAAUGUGUCGAAAAAUCGAAAUAGAAGGGCAAAAGCAUUGCAUGAUUUUGAAAGACACGAUGAUGAUGAGUUAGGUUUUCGCAAAAAUGAUAUUAUAACAAUAAUAAGUCAAAAAGACGAACAUUGCUGGGUGGGUGAACUAAAUGGACUUAGAGGUUGGUUUCCAGCAAAAUUUGUUGAAUUGUUAGAUGAAAGAAGUAAACAAUAUAGCACUGCAGGUGAUGAUGCUAUAUCAGAAACGGUCACAGAUUUAGUACGCGGUACAUUGGCCCCAACAAUAAAACAAGUCUUAGAACAUGGAAUGAAACGUCCGAAUUUUUUGGGCGGCCCUUGUCACCCUUGGUUAUUUAUAGAAGAAGCGGCCACACGUGAAGUUGAAAAAGAUUUUGAAUCAGUUUAUAGUCGAUUAAUAUUAUGCAAAACAUACCGUUUAGAUGAAGAUGGAAAAGUUUUAACGCCAGAAGAGUUAUUGUACAGAUGUGUUCAAUCAAUAAAUCAAAGCCAUGAUAAUGCUCAUGCACAAAUGGAUGUAAAACUUCGAAGUUUAAUUUGUUUGGGACUAAAUGAGCAAGUUCUGCAUUUAUGGUUAGAAGUUCUAUGUUCGUGUACAGAAAUUGUACAGAAAUGGUAUCAAACAUGGAGUUUUAUAAAUUCACCUGGUUGGGUGCAAAUUAAAUGUGAGUUACGAAUUUUGUCACAAUUUGCCUUCAAUUUAAAUCCUGACUGGGAGUUACCACCAAGGAAAGGUACUGAAAGUCAAUCUUUAAAAGAUGGUGUCAGAGAUAUGUUGGUUAAGCAUCAUUUAUUUUCUUGGGACUUGUAAAUCAAUUUAAAUUCGCUAGAAUAGUUUUUUUUUAUUAUAUACAUAUAAAAAUGUGCUACUGAUUCUCUUUGAAAUAUAACAAAAAAAAAAAAAGAAAAAGUUAUCAAUUUAUGUCUAUUUACUGAAACUUAAUUUUAAAGACUUCGUCAAUGUAAACCAAGAUUUUGUCGUAUGUCCUAUAUGUAUAUACGUAAUUUAUAUGUUGUA